AUGUCCAUCGCCAAUUUAAACCGUCCAGCAGACGCUUUCGAACAACUUGAAACCGAAGACGGUGUUCGACAAGGAGUGUGCCACAUUCGUAUUCAACAGCGUACUGGUAGAAAAACUAUCACAACCGUUCAAGGAAUCGGCACCGAGUACGAUUUGAAAAGAAUUGUUCAAUACUUGAAGAAGGUAAGAAUACUGAAAAUGCGUCCAAAACGCCUGCUCGUCUUUUUAUUUCUUUUUCGAAUCGCUUCGGUAUUCGUCGUUUCCUCAUGGUUUGUACCCGAUGAAGUCUAUCAAUCCGCCGAAGUCGCUCAUCAUCUCGUCUACGGCACUGGCCAUCUCACUUGGGAAUGGCAAACCGCGUUACGCUCAUACCUCCAUCCAGCAUUGAUUGCAAUGAUCUACCAAUUCCUAAAUCUCAUCGGCUUCGGAAACUAUCGACAAGCGAUUUACUAUGGUCCCCGCAUUUUUCACGCAAUCCUCUUCGCUUUCGGCGAUUUCUCGUUCUAUCAUUUGUGUCGUAAACAGUGCAUAACCACGAGCAUAGCAAAUCUCUCAUUUAUUUCCUACAUGUCAUCAUGGUUCGUGUUCUACUGCGCCCCACGCACAUUAUCAAAUUCACUGGAAACUUGCCUUACGCUUAUUGCUCUCAAUUGGUAUCCAUUCGAUCGUGAUACCAACGUCACUUGGCCUUAUAUAGCUUUUGGUGCUGUAACGAUUGUUAUUCGGCCUACCGUUGCACUUCUUUGGCUUGUUCUUGGCUUGUAUCAUCUUUACCAUCAUCCGAGACCCAUUAAUUAUAUCACCCAUACCGUAUUGCCUGUUGUCAUUCCGAUAUUUGCUGUGAGUUUUGCCAUUGAUUCCUACGCCUAUGGAACGCCAACAAUCCCGCUGUAUAACUUCCUCAAGUUCAAUGUGCUUCAAGGAGGAAGCGCCGAGUUCGGGGUGCAUUCUUGGCAUUGGUAUUUUACCACUGGACUUCCCACGGUGAUGACGAUUCAGCUAGCCCCGGUGGUCCUUGGCAUUCUCGGACAAAACAUAUUCCGCCCAACAAUGCUCCCAUUCUUUGCGGUGACCUUUUACCUUCUGGUGCAUUCAAUUCUACCGCACAAAGAGCAACGAUUCCUUUUGCCAAUCAUACCGUUGCUAUGCUUGUACGCAGGUGGCGCGUUUUUGAACCUUAAACGAAUGCUGAGGACUGGAGUCGUUGUGAUGAUCCUGGUGAAUGCCGGAAUCGCAAUCUUCACAGCCCGAUAUCAUCAGAUUGGCAAUUUUAUGGCCCCGCAGAGGAUUCUAGAAGAAUGGGAUGGAAAGGAAAAUCUAUCAAUUGCCGCGUUGACGCCGUGCUAUUCAGUUCCGGGCUACUCCUACUUUCACAACGAUAUAGCAAAUCUUCGCAUGUUAGACUGCAGUCCCGAUUUGAACAAAACCCGAGUCGGAUUGGAUGAAGCUGACGAAUUCCACGAAGACGUUAAGCACAGUUGCAAUGGAACGAUUGUAGAACAUCCAGAAUACGGAGAGGUCAUCCAGUUGACCGGAGACCAGCGUGAGAAGGUUAAGGAUUUCUUGAUUAAGGUUGGUAUUGUCAACGAGUCCAACUGCCGAGUUCACGGUUUCUAA